GAUGAUUAUUUAAUUAAUAAAAAUAUGCCGAUUAAAGUAUAAAUAUAUAUAGUUGUUAAUAUUGUCUAGAAUCAAAGUGAUUAUUUCUAUCAGCAGUGGUUGUACCAAUUUGCAAUGUUUUGGAAACAAUAUAUUUAUCUAAACUUGGCUGCAAGUGUUUUUCUUUAUGUUAAAGGAUAUGCUAUUUCCAAUGAAAAUAAUGAUGGAGAAUGUAUCUUACCAAGUUACCCCCAGAAUGGUAAAUGGGUGAUUACUGGAGGAUCUGAGGCCAGUCCAGGAUCAACAGUGCCAACUAACAGUACUAUAUCCUUUUCUUGUAACGACCCAUACAAAGUUUCUGGUGAUUACAGUAAAAUAAUUUGUCUUGGAAAAGAUUGGAAUCUGCCUCCACCUGAAUGUCUAAGUGUAGAAAAGUUACAGAAAGCAAAAAGAGGAGUAACAGUAACUAAAACCGGAUAUGGAGAAGUAAUAAUAGAAAACAACGAAAGGCCACAAAGAAUAACUGUAGGUGGAAGAUUUGGAGAUGGAAUUGUAGUUCAGUCAGAUGGAAGCAGACUAGUCGUAAGUUCAGGACAAGGGAUAACACUUGGAGGAAAUGAAGAAGAAAUAGUUGGAGGAAGAGUACGAGGAAAUAGAAUCGAUAGAAAAGGGGUACAGGUUGGUGGAACUGAAGGAGAUGGAAUUGUAAUUGGAACAGGUGAAAAAAGAGGAGUAGUAGUAGGCCUAGGAGUCGAAGGAAGAUCCAACUCAUACACAAGACAAACCAUAACCCUAGGCGGAAAGGUUGGAGAUGGAAUUGUAGUUAAAUCGGAUGGAAAUAUACUGGCAGUAAGUUCAGGACAAGGCGUAUCAAUUAGAGAAAACGAACAAGAUGGAAUCAUAAUUGGAAGCGAUGGAGAAAUAAUUGGAGGAAGAGGAAGUGGUGGAAUUCAAAUCGAUAGGAACGGAAUACAGAUUGGUGGAACUGGAGGGGAUGGUAUUGUAAUUGGAACUGGAGGAAGGAGAGUAGUAGUGGGCCCAGGAGACGAAGGAAGACCCAACUCAUUUACAAGACAAACAAUAACUCUAGGCGGAAAAGUUGGAGAUGGAAUUGUAGUUCAAUCGGAUGGAGACGGAGUAGUAGUACUUGGAGGAAACGAGGAAGAAAUAGUUGGAGGAGGAGAAGGAGGUGGAAUCCGAAUCGAUAGGAAAGGAAUACAUAUUGGUGAAGCUGCAAGAGAUGGAAUUGCAAUUGGAACAGGAGGGACGAGAGUAGUAGUAGGCAGAGAAGACGAAGAAAGCGUAGAUUCGGACGCAAGAAGAGCAACCGCUGAAGGAAAAGGAGAAACUGCAUUUGUAAAUGGAGGUAGUCGAGCAGGCGGUGAAAGGACAGUACUAAAAGCACCAGAAAAUACAAGGCAGCGAGGUGAUGGCCAAACUGUUGAUGACGAAGGACGUAGAGGUCAAGAUGGACUAGUAAUUAGAGACGGAGAGACAGUUAACGGGUACGCAGUAGGAGUUGGACAACCAGGUGGUAGUGGAGAACAGAUAGGUGGUCGAGGAGGUGAUGGAGGUGUAGUAAAUGGAGGAGAUGUAAAUGGAGUUUUAGUUGGAAUUGGUGGAGAGGGCGGAAAUGCUGGAUCAGCUAGUUCGAAUAACAAACGAAAGCAAGGACAAGAUGAAAAACCUGAACUAACAAGCACGAAUCAAAAUGGAAAACAAAGAAAAAAAAGACAAACCGUUACAACAUACAAAUCAGAAAGUAGUUCAUAUUCAAAAUCAGAAAGUUCUAGUUACAGCAAGGUGACCUGGACAACAUUCAGCAUUGGAGGAGGAGGGGGACAUGGAGUAGUAAUAUAUGGAGGAACGAUAAACGGAAACGUAUAUGGGGUUGGAGGAGCUGGUGGAAAGUAAAUUAGUUUAACCAGCUUCUUGCUGCUCGAUAUGUUAAAUAUCCUGGAAUAGACAUUUGUAAUUUCUGUUAAAUAGUAUUCUGUAAAUCGUCCAUCUAUGUUCUCAACUUUUAGAGGCCUGUUAAACAUUAUUUAUUUGAGAUUCAUUUAAACUAAUUUUCGCCAAAGGUAAACCUGGAAAUAGUCCAUUAAAAGAAAAUAAGAAGUGUGGAUUACACAAUCAAUGAGCAAACAAUUUAGUUACAAUUUUAGAUUUUAGUUCAUACUUUUUGAUUAUUGUUACCAAAAUUAUUAUUUUUAAAGUAUUAUUUUAAAAAAUUCGUUAAAAUAUUAACAGAAGUAAGUUAGUGAAUAGGAAAAUGUUUUUAAAAUCAGUAUAAACCACUCUACUUUAAAUUGUCAUGCAAUAUUAACGAAUCACUCUAUAUAGUACAUAAAAAUGUCAAUAAGUAACAAAUACAUUUAUUUUCAAAUUAAUAAUUUUAUAGGAAAAUCCUGUGACAUAUAGCUUGUUAAUUCUAAAAUUACACUGUUUAAAGAAAAUUAUAUACCUCACUCUUUGAACUGUUCAAUCUCUUUCAGGAUUGUCCUUAAAAAUUAUGAAUUAUUUGGGAUAGUUAACAUAUUAUUUAAAAAAAAAAUGCACAUUUUGGGGCGAUGUGGAUAUUACUCUAACGUCAUACACAUUAUAACCAUUAUGUGUAAAUAUGUGUAAAUAACAAUAAUUAAGAUAAUUUAUUAAUAUAUUAUAUUUAUUUAUUUAUUUAUUUUUUAAUAAAAAUAAUAAAAUCUUAA